UGUUGUAGCAACGGGGGACGCGCCUGCGUCUUCUGCUUUUUAUUUUUCACUUAAAACGAGGAGUGACUAAACCGUUUUAUACGGUUAUUUACCAAACUAAACUUACGACCUCUCGAUCUUUCAAAAUCGUCCCGAUUUGCUUUUUCGGAUCAAAAACGAUCAAAUAAAUUUAGCGGUCUGUUUUAUAAGUAUAACGUUAGCUCGUUUAGCUCGUUGUUUAACAUGAGUGCGGUUCACAGUCUGGUCCCCGCGCGCUUCCUCACCAUCACAGCGCACCUGGUCAUUGUUAUCACCAUCUUUUGGUCGAGGGACAAUAAUGUAAAAGCUUGUCUUCCUUUGGAGUACACACAAGAACAAUAUGAGGAGGCGGACAAAAGGUUGGUGGUGGGGCUGGCCGUCACACUGGGCCUGUUCGCCAUAGAGCUGGCUGGUUUCUUCUCAGGAGUGUCCAUGUUCAACUGCAGCCAGGGGCUCCUUUCGAUUGGAGCUCAUGCCAGUGCCUCAGUAGCUCUUCUUUUCUAUCUGUUUGAGCAGUGGGACUGUAGCGUCUACUGGUGGAUUCUUGCCAUUUGCAGUGUCCUUCCAGCCUGUGUGGAGAUCGCACUGUUUAUCGCAGUGUUUGGAUUUAAGAAAAAGGUUUCAUAGUUACAUGUCUAAGUAGGACUUCUUUUAAUAUUUUUAUAUCUGCUGUUAUUGUCUACAAAAAUUUAUUUUUGAUAUGUCACUCACU